AUGAUAAUGAGCGGCGCGGAUCGGCGACGCCUCACGCGUCGCCUCGUGCGCAUUUUGUGUGGCCGACGAUUGCCGCAGACGUGGAACACGGUUCUUGUACUAUUGUCGAUUCAUAUGUAUUUGACGGUGCCCGUGAUUCUGGCGGCUGGCAUCAAUGAUGAUCGAAGCGGCCUUCUGCGACCGUUUCGCGAGAUUCAACAACGCGGCAUUCUACUCGGCGAAAUCGACGACGAUCUUCUUGACAUGUUCUAUGAGCGUUGCCACGCCGAGCGAAUGACAUUUGAAUCAUAA